GUAGGAUUAUGCACGGGGAGGAUGCUGUUGCUGUGAAGCAGGUGCCCCCCGCUGCUUGCUGUAUGGAUGCUAUGAGCUCCCAGACUCCCCGCCGCUCUUUUGCGUCUUCGAGAGGCUUUUCUUUUUCUAUUUGUAUUUUUUGGCUACCAAGUAUCCGGACGCUGACCCCCGCAGCAUGCUGACUCAGCAGCGGUCCCAACGCACUGACAUGCAAGCUGCAGAUUCAACGGGCUCGUUUAAUAAAAGAAGAAGAAAUUCUAUUUUUGUUACUGUGUCUCUUCUCGUCGUGUCCAUAUUAAUUUUUACUGUGGGUCUUGCUGCUACAACCAGAACAGAAAAUGUGACGGUGGGAGGAUACUAUCCAGGGGUCAUUCUUGGGUUUGGGUCUAUUCUUGGAAUAAUUGGAUCCAAUUUAAUAGAAAACAAGAGGCAGAUGCUUGUUGCAUCCAUCGUUUUUAUCAGUUUUGGGGUAGUUGCGGCUUUUUGUUGUGCCAUAGUGGAUGGUGUUUUUGCUGCCAGGCAUUUGGAUCUUAGACCGCUUUAUGCAGGAAAAUGCCGGUAUUUUACAAAUACACACGAGGACACAACAGAGGUGGCGUGCCAGUUGCCUGUCCGUGGUUGUUUGCUGAAGAUAAAGAACAACACAUGUUACUGCUGUGACCUAUAUAACUGUGGAAGGAUUGGGGUUUCUGGUCUGUAUUACGAAUAUAUUGAUGUAAGAAGCUGCCAAGAUGUUGUACAUCUCUAUCACUUGCUUUGGUCUGUAACUAUACUGAACAUAGUGGGUCUGUUCCUGGGAAUCAUUACUGCUGCUGUACUAGGCGGAUUUAAGGACAUGAAUCCAAGUAUCCCUGCAAUUAGCUGCAUUGCGGAGACACCACGACCUAGAGUCCAAUACAGCACAAGACCACCAGUGCCCUCUUAUAAUACUUACUCCCACAGCACGCCCCACUUACCACCUUACACUGCCUAUGACUUACAGCAUUCCAGUGUGCUUCCAGUCUCUACGCCCUCCGGCUUGUCAGAUGACCCAAACUCACAGUCUGGAUCCAGCUUCAUGUGGCCAUCAUGCGCACCCCCUCGUUAUUCUCCACCAUACUUCCCACCGGAUGAAAAGCCGCCACCAUACACACCAUGAAUUUCAAGGAUUAUGUACCCGAUCAGCUUGACUGGCCUGAAGGUGUACACCUGCCAAAUAGAAAGCUGUGUUUGCUGAGCUGUAAGUGGACUGAGUGGCAUUUUGUGAAAUGAGUGUAAAUGCCUGGAUUGUAAUGGAACAGUCAAGCAUUGGAUAAACUAAUGCAGGUGAAAAAGAAAAGAAAUGAAGGCA